GUAGGAGAUGAAGAGGCUGCGGGGUUGACCCUGAAACAGCGGCCGCUCUCUGCAUUCAUUUAGCGCCUCAUAAAAAAAGUUUGAUUUUUCUUUCAAAGGAAGAGGCAACAACUUGUAUGGUCUGUCCACUCUCAGAUCUUCGCCACAAUGGCUCUUUGGUGCAACGCCUGCAAAUGUCACGUCAGCUCUCCGUGCACAUCUCACCUUCUGCCCGGAGAUCAGCGCCGUUCAGCCUGCAGGAGGUUCAGGUCAACCAAAGGAGCCUCCAAAGCUCGGAGAGACCACAUAAACCAUGAAAUCAGGAAUAUGCGCUCUCUGCUUCCCAUUAGCCAGGAGGACCAAGAACGCCUUUCUUACCUUCACUCCAUGGCUGCCAUCUGCACCUACAUCCGGAAGUCUGUUCUCUUUCAGGGGCUCCCGGCUGUGGAACGAACCCAGUGCUCUCCACAGUAUGAGGCCUUUCUGGAAGCCCUGCACGGCUUCAUCCUCGUCACCACGGCUCAAGGCAGACUGGUGUAUGUGUCGGAAAAUGUGGAUGAAUACCUCGGUCUGUCCAUGGUAGAUGUUCUACAAGGAGACACACUCUAUGACCUAGUGGAACGCUCGGAUGUGGAUAUUAUUCACGCAAACCUCAACAUGGAAAGCAACUUAAUUUCAGAGAGGAGCUUUGUAUGUUGCAUGCAAACCUCUAAGGCCUUUAAGCUACAACAUGGAAGCUGCUGCUCCAUGCUGGUCAGAGGACGCUUCCAGUUCUUCCCUCAGCCCUCCUCAGCAGCCUCCCCCACUGUUGAGCCUUUGUUUGUGGCCCUCUGCACCCCCACAGUGAAUCGCCUGACGAGCGCUGACUCUCACUUCUGUUACAGCUUCAGCAGCACACACAGACUGGACAUGAGUUUCACUCAGGUCUCAGAAAGUGUUUUAUACAAUUUGGGGUAUUCGGUGGAAGAAAUGAUCAACCGAUCAUGGUACAGCCUCCUGCAUCCUGAAGAUCUGUCAUUGGCUGCAACUUCUCAUAAAAGUUUAGUGCAGGCAGAAGAGGGCUUCCAGGUGGAGAUGAUCCUGAGGCUUCAAAGCACUAAUCUGUCAUGGACCUGGAUCUAUAUUCGAGCUAACAAGGACCCAGAGUGCCAGAGCAUCAGCUGCACUAACUACAUCAUCAGUGAAACCGAGGCCAAAUUCCUGCAGAAGAAAAUCAGCAGUGCUGCCUUCAAGCCAUCGUCUGUGCCAAAUUACCUCUUUUUUGCUCAAGAGGUGCCACAGAGUCAGAGCGUCAGCGCUAAAUGUUUUAAGAGGAGGAGGAUAUGUAGCAGCCAAAGUGAGGCGCUUGGAGCCAGAACAAGAAGGGAGUCUGAGCAAGACAUUUACUGUGCAUUGUGCCAUUCCUCUAAAGAUAACAGCUCUCCUGUUCCCCUGGGUGAGAGCCCUGCACUGUUCACCCCUCCCUACUCCCCAGCCUCAUCCAGCUCCUCUCUGCAUCAGGAGGAGCUCAGCCCUGACCUCCUGAUGGAUGUGCAUGAAUGCAAAGAUCAGCUGCCAUCAUCUCCAGAGGCCUCUCCCUCUUAUUACUCCUACCAAGACACAGGACUCACCUGUCAUCAGUCACCGGCUGACUCUUUACUCACGACCGCUGAACAAGGCUUUGACUGCAGAGACUUUGACCUGUUCACCGGCAGCUCCCCAUUCUCCUCCUCCUCUUCCGUCUCCUCAUCAUCUCCAAACUACGAUUUCCAGGCAUGUUCAGCUGAUGCUAGAUUAGUUCCAGACUGUUUCUCCGUGUCAGAAAUGUGCGAGAGCCAAGUGGAGUGUGCAUCCCUGCAUCCAGAUGAUAUCAACCUUCUUGACAAUCCACAAGGGGGCAUUCUCGUUCAGCUUCAUCAGGAGCAAAUCCACCAAGAAAUUGUCAUGCAUUCCAGCAUUCUGACUCCCACCCAGUCUCCCAUAGCGAGAGAGCCAAAUCUUUAUGAUGAGAGGGAGCAAGCAGAGAUCAGUAUACUGGCCCAGCAGAUCUCCUCCCUUGCCAGCAGCUUCAACAUGAACCGCAGCCUGAAUCCCCUGCAAAAUGUGAUCCCAGCGGCAACUGCCAACUGUGACUGGCUCCAAGGCUCUCCUCUUCCUUUAUCUCUUCUCCCAAAGCACGGACCGGCUUAUGAUGACUGCACGCUGGACAGCAUCCUCAAAGACCUGAACAUGGUCUCAAGAAAAAGUAGUACGCCAAGCCCUGAGGUUGUUUCCUACAGCGACUCUUUGCCCGCAGAGCAGUUCAGCACAGGUGGCAUUGCCAUAGAUCCCUUCAGUUUGCAGCUGGAAAACCAUGGCCAAAACAUUGGGUUGCAUCAACUCAACCACAAUAUGCAGAGUAGCCUCCAGCAAGAUGGACUUGCUGAGGAGAACUUGUAUUGAAAUAAGUCUGUGACUUACCGUGCUACCACCCGUAUGACAUAUUGUCAGGGCAGCCCUCUUACCAUGGAUUUAAAGUGAGAGAAAGAAGGAUGUCUCCGGUUAGAUGCUGUUUACUGUGCCCAAAUUGAACCAAGAUAAAUUGUCCUGUUCUGUCAGUCUGUACACUGCAGCUCUGUCGUAACUCCUCAAAGCACUGCUGUGUGUUCCAUGUUUUGCUGAUGUAUUUUAUUCUAAGACAAGAAGGUACUUUGUAAUAAUGUCUCUGACAGGAUUUAUACAUGGAAAUGGAGGUAUUUUUCAUUUAAUACUAAGUGACCACAGUUUACUAUUGAGCACUUUAUCAAAGUCACAGAUGCAUAAAUUUCAUAAAAGAUAAGACAGAAACUGGUACCUUGAUCUAACCAGAAGAAGCUUUAACACUACUUAUAAUAAAGUUAGUUUUCGGGUGCCUUAAAACUGGUAAUAAAUAUGUAGUUUGGUAAUAAAUAUGUAGUUUGCUAAAUUGAUGAUUGCUGAUUUGUUGUUUUACUUCUCUAAGAGAUGCUGUCAGGAAUGAAGGUAAACCACCAGCAGGACUGAAAUAAUGAUUGUAAAUGCAGCUUCUACCUCAGUGGCAAAGCUCGACACAUUCCAAGUCUGACUUAUUUUCAUUUAUUGUAUUUAUUCUGUUUUGAACACUGACUUUGUUUUACACUUUCUUCUAAUAAUAUGUUUUAUUUAUCUACAGUUUACGUUUAUUCUCUGUAUUAUUUUUUCUCCUUUGGUACUAGAAGCCUGUAGGUUUCUAUGAUCAGUGAUGCUGUAUCAGUUUGUCUUUUAAAUGUAAAUAAAUUAACAAGGACCAA